ACCAAUCAGGGACCGUGUUGUUGAGCGGUCGUUUCUCAGUAGAGAUGGUGGGCAUGAGCCUUCUCAGGUCUGUAGCUGCUUUUGCAGCCAGACGCAGUCCUCUGAAAUCUGGAAAUAAUGCCGCAAAUUUGCUCACUCGAGCAAUCCCGCGGACAGAUACAGUGGCCGUUCGUUGGGGUCAUGGAAAGAAGAAAAUGUUUACCAUCGGACCCAGUAAAUUCUAUGACACAAGAUUUAUGAACUUACUGUAUUUUUACACCCUGCUGACCGGCAUUCCUGUGGCUAUUAUUGUCACAUGUGUGAAUGUCUUCAUCGGUGAGGCAGAGCUGGUUGAAACUCCUGAGGGCUACGAACCUGAAUACUGGGAGUACUACAAGCACCCCAUCACCAGGUUCAUUGAACGGAACCUGUAUAAUACUCCCGUGAAAGACUACGAAAAGAUGAUGGCUAUUCUCCAAAUAGAAAAAGAGAAGGCAGACAUGAGACUGCAGCAGCUGGAGGUGCGACGACACAUGAGGGCAAAGGGAGACGGCCCCUGGUACCACUAUAACACCGCCGACAAGGAGCUCGUUGACAAAAGCCACAAGUCAUCACCUGACUACUAACCCAGAGGCGUCUGCCAUCAGUACAUCACGCUGUUCAAUCUCACUGUUUGUACAUUUUCCCCCGUAAAUAAAAUAUCUAUAAGGAA